AUCCACUAGAAAACGCACAAUCCCCAAUCCUGAUUCACCAACGGAAUACAGUACGGAUGAGCUUUAUGCGAGAUCGUAUGGACGAUCAUUGAUGGUUGGAUAUUGCGAAGCGUACCAGCCAGAUUUUGUGCUAAUGGGACUUCCGAAAUUAGAUUUUCAAGAUCUAUUAGAAUCAGAUUUGAGAGAAUCCGUGCAGAAUUUCUCCUUACAAGGACCCAUAUCAAAGUCUGUUUGCAUUCUUGCGAACGUGGAUGCACCGUACGUACAUAACAACACUAUUCCGGUCACUAAAAAUACGCCUAAUAGCACUUUUAUUGCUAGGCAUUGCUUAAUGCUAG